AUGAUGGGAUGGGUAUACAACGCCACCCCCGAGGUCGAGGCUGUGUCGCAGUACCCUGUGGUGCUCGGCGUGUGUCUGGGUCUGACAAUAUUGAUGGUGAUCACUGUCUGCUUGCGCCUGUUUAUGCGGGCGCAAGCGAGUCGACUUGGAGCGGCGGAUUAUGUGAUGGUUAUGAGCAUGGUGUUUGGUAUUAUCUACAGUGCUCUCUGUAUUUCCCAAUCACGAUAUGGACUCGGUCUUCCACUCAAGUUGCGACCAAAGGCUGACCUGGCCACAUACACUAAGAUCAACUACGCCGGCCGUCCCUUUUACCAAAUUGGCAUCGCCGGAUUCAAAACUUCCCUCUGCCUCAGCUACUUGCGACUGUUAGAGGGCACUUCGAAAAGCAUAUAUCGGAUCGUUAUCUGGGUUGUCAUUGCGCUCUCAACAGCAGGUCAUAUUGUGGGAGCUUUAAUAUUGAUCUUCACCUGCAAGCCAGUGUCAAAGGCGUGGAUGCCCAACGAACCUGGAUCAUGUCUACCUGUUGGCGCGACAUUUUACGGCCUUGCGAUUUUCACGAUCAUUUGCGAUGUUGUCAUUAUUUUCCUGCCGAUUCCACUCCUUCUCCGACUCAAUAUAAAGCCCGCACAAAAAGCAGGCGUGGUCUGUCUCUUCCUAUUGGGGCUGUUCACGACGAUCUGUUCCAUCCUUCGCCUUACGCAGAUCCACCGAGUCGCAUUUGGCGACGGAAAUUCCACCAUGUUGGUGCUUUGGGGGACGAUCGAGUUUAAUGUGGGGAAUAUCGUCACUUGUGUCCCAUACCUCGCCCCCCUUCUCAAGGGCUAUGUACGCGAUUUCCGCUCCAACAGUGGCCGCAAAUACUAUAACAGUAAUGGUCGAAGUUAUGCGAUGGAAACCUGGACCAAGGAUGGACGCUCUCAGCUGCAGUCGCACGCUAGUGCGCCGAAACGUACGCCGAGUGAGGAAUUAAUCCUGUCCAGUCAUGAGCCUUCGCAUGGAGGAAUUGAAAUGACGGUUGAAUACCGGGUGUCCAGGGACACUCUCGCAAUUCCUAAGGGCUCUUGA